UGCGCGAUGGAUGACAGAACCGUCGACCUGAUAUUCGCGGGCUCCCUGGAGAGCCUGCCGCCCGUCAGCUCCAAAAUUGUCCGCAUCUUCACAAGUUCCACCUUCACAGACACAACAAUGGAGAGAAACACGCUGAUGGCCCAGUGUUAUCCCAAACUGAAAGAUUAUUGCCGUGAGAAACACGGACUGGAGUUUCAGGUAGUGGACAUGAGGUGGGGCGUGAGAGACGAGGCAACAGACGAUCACAUGACCACGGAGCUAUGCAUGAGAGAGAUAGCCAACUGUCAGCGACUCUCUAUGGGCCCGAACUUUGUGGUGUUUCUGGGCCAGAAGUAUGGAUACAGGCCCAUCCCCACCUACAUCCUGUCCUCGGAACUGCAGAUGCUGCGGGACGAUCUGGCCAACUCGGGCUCUGAUCCUGUGCUCCUCGACACGUGGUAUCGCAAGGACAGCAACGCCGUACCCCCGGUGUCCGUGCUGCAGCCCAUCUCUUCCAUCCUCGUCAACUUCAACAACAAGCGAAUCCCGAAACUGCAGCAGCACGACCAAGCCGUCUGGUGGGACACGCUCGGCAAGAUGCAGAAACUGCUCCGAAAGGCUGCGCUGUCCCUGGCAAACAGCGGCAAGAUUGACAGGGAUACGAUGCACAAUUACUUCAUGUCGGUGACGGAGCGGGAGGUGAUCAACGGCGUGCUGAACGUUCAGAACACAAAGAAUCAUUGCCUCGCUUAUGUCCGGUACAUCAACAACAUCAAUCUGCAGAACCUGAAGAAGGCGUCGCUAUUUGUGGACAUCCUGAACAGGAGCUUGGACACAGAGGCGUGCAAGCUGCUGGCGAACCUGCGGGACGAGCGGUUGCCUGCCAAGAUUGAGAGCACAAAUAUCCAGAGAUACACCGUGGAGUGGAUUGGGCGUGAGGGUCUGGACACGGAGACUCACGAGGAGUAUCUGCAGCACUUCAUAACGCAUUUCUACAAGAACAUCACGAAGCUGGUGGACCGAGCCAUGCGCAAAGAGGACUCCAGCGCGCAGGGCCAGAUCGUGACGGAGAUCCUGCAGCAUCUGCAUGCCUGCAACAACUCUGUCAAGGUGUUCUACGGGCGCGAGAUCGAACUCGAGCGAAUCAAGAAGCACUUGCUAGGGGACUGCGAGAAGCCCAUGGUCCUGUACGGGGAGGGUGGGUGCGGCAAGACAUCCCUCCUGUCCAAUUCAGCGGGGCUCGCCUCCACGGAAUGGUUCCAGGGUUCUAAGCCACUCAACAUCAUCAGGUUCCUGGGUACCACGCCAGACAGCAGCGCCCUAACACCCACCCUGGUGUCCAUCUGCCAACAGAUCUCGUAUAAUUACAUGCUGCCUUUCGAGGAUAUCCCCGUGGACCUUGUACCCCUGACGGCAUAUUUCAAGCAUCUUCUAACAUAUGCAAGCCCGCAGCAGCCACUGUUACUCUUCCUCGACUCGGUGGAUCAGCUGACAGGAGCGCAGGACGCCAACAAAGUGUCAUGGCUGCCGCUUCGCUUGCCGCCAUAUUGCAAGUUGCUUGUGUCAUGCGCCGCGGAGGCAGACAACCCGGAAGUCAGUCAGGACUACCACCUGCUGAGGCGUAUGAUCGACAAUGAGGAAUUGUUUCUGGAAGUCACAGACCUGGGGGAGGAGCUCGCCAUGCAGAUAAUAAGGAUGUGGAUGCAAACGGCAUGUCGCGACCUUACCAACUACCAGUGGCGGCUCGUGUGCAACGCGGUCGGACAGUGCUCGCUGCCCAUCUUCGUGAAGCUCGUGUUUGCCGAGAUCUGCCGCUGGCGGAGCUACACCAAGCCACAGGACACAUACCUCGCCUCAACCGUCAUGGACUCCAUCAUGCUGCUCUUUGAGCGAGUCGAGAAGCAGCACGGCCGCAUCCUUGUGUUCCACGCGCUCGCCUACAUCACUGCGGCCAAAAGCGGCUUGUCCGAGUCCGAACUGGAGGACCUGAUCUCCCUGGACGACAAGGUGCUAGACGACGUGUACCAGUACCAUCUGCCCCCGGUGCGCCGCAUCCCGCCACUGCUCUGGACCCGCAUCCGAAACGACCUGCCCAACUACUUGUCGGAGCGAGAAGCAGACGGCGUGAGCGUCAUGAACUGGUACCACAGGCAAUUCCGGGACGCGGCCCGCGAGAGGUACUUCAAGAAUAUGAACAUGGCGAUGUACUUCCACUCGUCUAUUGCAGACUAUUACCUGGGAAUCUGGGGUGGGGGCAACCCUAAGCCCUUCAAGUACACCGAGAUACAACGGCACAGGUUCAACCUGACGGACAAGGAAGGCUCAGCCGACCGCAAGGUGCCCGUGCAACCGCUGGUGUUCUACUCCAAGGACGGCAAAGUGUCCCGCUACAACCUGAGGAAGUUCGGCGAGAUGCCGUACCACAUGGUGAGGGCGCGCCGGUUUGAGGACCUCUACAAGCACGUGCUGUUUAACUACAAGUGGCUGCACGCCAAGCUGUGUUCAUGUCCUCUGCAGGCCGUGCUCAGUGACUUCGAGGACGCAUGCAGCAACAUUGAGGACAGAGAGGCCACCAGCGAGCAGAUCCGAAAGAAGCUGAGGGAGCUGCUCCUGGUGGCGGACGCACUGCGCCUCGGAGGGGCCAUUCUGGGGAUGUACCCCGACAUGUUGGCCCCUCAGUUGGUAUCCCGGCUGCUGCCAGAGAUAGGCCACAACCCGAACGUGAAGGCAUUGCUGCAGCAAUGCGACGAGACGGGGCCCCAGCACUGCGCCUUGCUACCCCUCUACCAUUGCCUGCACACACCGGGGGGGCCCCUCAAGUACUCCCUGGAGGGCCACCAGUUCGCGGUGUUCGGCUUCUGCCUGACGUCAGACCUGCGCUACAUCGUGUCCAUCUCAAACAAGUUCAUCACGUGGGACCUGUCGACAAGUGACCUCACCCGGGAUGUCAACCCGGGAAUAGAGGGCAUCAUGCAACAGCUAGUGCUCAGCCCCGACAACAGGUUCGCUGCGGCGUACACCAGCAACAACCAGAUUGUCCUGCUGAACACGCUGACCAGCGAGCACAACAUCCUGGACAACCCUCUGCCCCAGCAGGAGCCGGUUACAGGGGUGUACCUGCUCAACACUCACCUGUUUGUGUAUGGCCCAGGGCACUGGUGCCGGUUCAACAUGCGCGGUCAGCUGGAAGAGACGUGCGCGAGCCCUGAGGACCCCAGCAGGGGCUCCCUGCUGACCAUGGAGUUCACAGCUCUCGACAGAUACAGGAUGCUCUUCUGGAACGGGUCUCUGGAGAACCCGAGCCUAGUUCUGCACACGGCGAACCCAACCCUAGAGCCUUUCUGCUUCCACAGUGCCAUGGCGAUGACCCAGGACAAAUCCAGUAUCUACUGCUGCAAGGGGGAGGGCCACUAUGGGGUGUCGCUGUACCGUGCCGAUCCUGAAUCUUCGCAGUGGAUAUUGCAGAGGGAGCUGCCCCGGGCGGACAAAGACGAGCUGGAGGUGUUGCUGCAGCUGAAGCUGGACCGCGACGAGACCACGCUCCUGGGCACCUCCGGCAACGGCUUCGUGGUCUGGGAACUUGCGGAUGGGGGCCGCCAUCCCAACAGGGCCGUCGUGCUUCGCCUCCCUCACGGCGUUCGCAACAUCUCCACCCGCGCUCUGUGCUCCAACUCCUGCAUGGUCUCUGCUGCGAGGGACUACGUGGUCGCGGGCGUCAGGAAGAAUCUGUAUGUGUGGAGAAUGGCCUCCGGGAAGCUGAUGAAGGUGCUGGAUGCGCACUUCGGUAGGAUCAUCGCGCUGGAGCCACUUGUCAUUGGGAACUGGAACUCUGUGAUCACCUCGUCCAUCGACCGCACAGUGAAGGUGUGGAACAUCAACAAUAUUUUCGAGCAGGUGCAUGUGAUUGACAGACACGAGGUACAGAUCGACUCCAUCAGCCUGUGCCAGUCUGCUGAGCUGGCCAUCACGGUGACCAGGGGAUGCGUGGGCGUCUGGGACAUGCAGAUUGGGCGCCUCGCUGCGCGGCUGGCGGACAGCCCACUGGGCGCCAUAGUGACGCAUGCAGCCAUCACUGCGGAUAGCAAGUACAUCGUGUCCGCGGAGUCCGGCAACAUUCUGAUCUGGAACCGCGUGACGGAGCAGGUUCUGUUCAAGGAGGAGCAGCCGGGCGUGAGGCAGAUCACGUUGCUGGACGGUGGGCAGCGGUUCCUGGCCAUUUCCAGACCUGCUGAGAGCGGAGCUGACGUCACUCGAAUCAACGCCACUAUCGUCACUCGCACUAUCCCAGAUGGUGUGCGCGCCUACUCAACAGAGUAUCCUGUGCGGUGUGUGCCAGGCACACCAUUCAAACCGGCUGUGGUGACAUGUGAUGGGAUGAACAUCGUACUGAUUGGUGCUGAUAAGGGCAGUCGUGACGCCAUCUUUGUGUUUAAUGCCCGGAAUGGCUCUCUUGUGAACAAGAUUCCCCUGAAGCAGUCAGCUACUAAGGACAUCAGCAUGCUGAUCGCCAUGCGACACAAGGCCCAUCUGGUGGCAGCCAUCGACUCUGACAAGGGCACCAUCCUGGAUAUCCGCAAGAAAAACAUCGUGAGAACCGUCCCCAAGUGGAGUGGGGGCUGCACAAAGGAUGGCCGCUAUGGCCUGUAUGCCCCUUCAAGGGGAGGAUUGGAGCUCCUGGAACUGAAGCGUGGACACUCAGUGAAGACUUUCAUCCCGAAGGUGGCAGAAGGAGUCUUCACAGUGAUCUGCAUGUUCAACCAGACAGAUGAGUACGUCCUGUACUAUCAUAGCGGCAAGAAGACACUUAGGGUCUUCAGGACUUCAGAUGCAAAAAUGAUCGCCAACUUCCGAAUGCAGGCAGAACUGAGUGCAGUUGAGAGCACAGAAGAUGGUAAGAACAUCGUGUUGGGAACAGUGGAUGGCUGCGUGUCUGUGCUUGCCCUUGCAGACCCAGCUAAACCAGAGAUGAAGGAGUAUUUGGCAGGUCUGCCCUCUCGGGAUGAGGAGUGGAAGAAGAAAACAGAAAAGCUGAAAGCACACACCCUCUUCAAGGCCGCAGCAUCAAUAGCAAAGCUGUCCACAAAGUUCAACAACAGCAACAACAACGAGAAUGCAGAUGAUGAUGAACACGUGCAGCCUGCGACUGAGGAAGAAACACCACGGGAGGACAGAGAUGCUGAUGAGGAAGAGGAAUUAUAACUCCACUGUACAUUGUGCUGGCACCUCAACAGUCAGUGGGCAUCGUGACCUAUAUAACAAUACAUUAUCAACUUCUUUGGUCAUGCAGCAUCAAGUAAAAAGUAAUCUGAUAAGCUGGUAAACACAUGAAUGUUGUCAUGGCUUAUUUUAAGCAGCAAUAUUAUCACCUUUUAUAGGGUACUGAGAAAAAUUGUAAGAAAACUCAGCUUAGACAGAGCGUCCCUAGGACAAGCUUUUGAACCCAACCUGCAGAAGUGCUAAAUGCAUAACUGACAUUUCCUUUCUGAUUAUGGUCAUCAAUGAAAUUUAUCCAGGAUAGUGAUCUGGUUUUGGCAAACCUGCUGCUACUAUCACACAGUUCCAAAACAUAAUCCUAAACUCUGGUCACAGUGAAAUCUUUCAACACUCAAAAAACAUUAAAUUUAAAAUCUACAUUCAUAUUCAUACGCUGCCACCUACUGAGAGCUGUGAACCUAACUGCAAUCAUAUGGUAAAUAAGCUAUGCUUCUUGAAAGUGUGCAAAUAUUGUAAAGAGAUAAUUGUUUCAGGUGCAUUUAGAGGGAUGUAAACAGCAAUUUUGUUAAUAACAAAAACAACAUGGCAACACUGACAGUGCAAAAUUCACUAUUACUGUUGAAUGAAAGUUAAAAUGUAAAA